CAUCAAACGCCAACAUGACCAUCAAGACCUUCUUCGACGUCACCUGGGAGGGCCCCGUCCUGGAUGCUUCUGGCAAGCAGACUGGAAAGGUCGCUGAGCAAUCUGGCCGUAUCAACUUCAACCUCUACGACGACGUUGUCCCCAAGACUGCCGAGAACUUCCGUGCUCUCUGCACCGGCGAGAAGGGCUUUGGAUACGCUGGCUCUUCCUUCCACCGUAUCAUCCCUCAGUUCAUGCUUCAGGGUGGUGACUUCACCCGCGGCAAUGGCACUGGUGGCAAGUCCAUCUACGGUGAGAAGUUCGCCGACGAGAACUUCGUCAAGAAGCACAGCCGCCCAGGACUUCUCUCAAUGGCCAACGCCGGCCCCAACACCAACGGAUCCCAAUUCUUCAUCACCACCGUAGUCACCAGCUGGCUCGAUGGCAAGCACGUCGUCUUCGGCGAGGUUGCUGACGAUGAGUCGCUGGCCGUCGUCAAGGCCCUUGAGGCUACUGGCAGCGGCAGCGGUAAGGUUCAAUACAACAAGAAGCCUACCAUUGUCAAGUCUGGACAACUGUAAAUUAGUUCUU